AUGGGUCUAACUAAAGGAUAUAAUAAUUUCUGGGCGAUUGGUGGACUCGCAGCAUUAUUAAUUGGCUAUCAAUUUUAUCGUCCGAGCAGCUACUGGAACUCAAAGAAAAAUAUUCCUAUAUCCAAAACAUCAGAUUUUCAAGGGCAAGGCCAAACUAAAUCUUCCCAAUCAGAAAAACCAGCCUUAAAUGCAUCUAAAGAGAACAUCCCAGCCUUUUUAAAGGCAGAUUCAACACCAAGAACACUUGGUCGUGAGCUUUCGACAGAUGAAAGUUUAAAAGACAAUAUCAUGAAUAAAUAA